AUGACAUCGAUCAACGGUGCGACUGAUAGAGUCGUGCUGCUGCAAGGCUCUCGACUAGGCGCAAGAGACGUGUCGUACUCGGGGGGUAGCACUAUCAGCAAGGCCCAACCAUCGCGACCAUGGCUAGAUCCGACAGACAGGGUGCUACUAACACUCAGCACCCUCGUGAAAGCCCUUGUCGGCACGAACAGCUACCUCAGCACGGACUUCGAAGUGCAUCGCAACUGGCUUGCUAUCACGCGCACGCUACCUGUGUGCGAGUGGUACUUUGAUGCGUCGUCUCCCAAUGCCACGCUGGACUAUCCUCCAUUCUUCGCGUGGCUGAGCUGGUUCUUGGCGCUUCCAGCGCUGCUCUUCGACCCGUUGAUAGUCUCCUUACACGACGGGAUAGGGCACUCGGCGGGACUUGCAAAAGGGUACAUGAGAGCGACGGUUGUGGUAACCGAACUCGUCUAUGCCGCGAGUUUGCUAGCGCUCAGCCGUCCAAGCCGUGCCGAUGUAGCCACCGGAGCAGCGCCAUUAGAGGACGAGAGCAGAAAGAGACUGAUGGCAGCGAGCCUCCUUCUUCAUCCGGGGCUCAUUAUCAUCGAUCACAUCCAUUUCCAGUACAAUGGUUUCCUUUUCGGGAUCCUGUUCUGGUCCAUGUGGGCUGCGCAAGAGAAUAAGCCGUUGCUGUGCGCGCUCUUAUUCUCAAGCCUGCUCAAUUUCAAACACAUAUACAUGUAUGUGGCGCCGGCGUACUUCGUCUAUUUGCUACGAUCGUACGUCUACCCGCCAGGCUCAACCUUACGUACAAUGCCAGCUGCGAUCGAGCGUCUCGUCACUCUCGGUGCAUUCACCCUCGCACCCUUUGCGGUCAGCCUUCUGCCGCUCAUGGUGUCUGGCUUCAAGCACGAAGCGGGAUCUUUCGGGGUGGUCGCGCAGAUGCUCUCGCGCAUGUUCCCGUUCAGUCGAGGCCUGAACCAUGCAUACUGGGCACCGAACUUUUGGGCAUUGUACACGGCCGUAGACAGGGUGUUGCUGCUGGUCGUUCGGCGUCAGCGCUCGCUCAUCCGAUUCCUGCCAAUUGGUUUGCAGCAAAAUUUCGCAAAAGCCUCAUCGACUGGCUUCGCCUCGGCAUCCAGAGGCCUGGUGGGCAACACAGAUUUCACUCUGCUGCCCAAUGUCGCGCCUCGCACCUGCUUCCUCGUUACGACGCUUGUCAUGACAGCGUACAUGACAAAGCUCUGGCGAGCACCGACGUACAAGUCUUUCAUCUCGUGCAUCACACUCUGCGGAUUCGCAUCGUUCCUUUUUGGAUGGCACGUCCACGAGAAGGCGAUCCUUAUGAUCUUGCUCCCGCUCACCUACCUCGCCGUCGACGAUUAUGAUCACUAUCGCGUAUUUGUUCUGCUCAGCGUUGCGGGCUGCUUCUCGCUCUUUCCAUUGCUUUUUCAACCGGCUGAGACGCCCAUUAAAGUCACCUACACUGCGCUCUGGCUCGUCAUCGUGCUCGGCGCUCUAUCGAGGAAGGUCUUCAGACCGAUCCCAUCAAAUCUCGGAUUCGUGCUGCACGCCCUCGAAACCGCCUAUCUAGCUUGCUUCCCUCUCGUGCUCUUUUACACAGCCAUCAUCCAUCCACUUUUGAUGCCGCUUGCCUCAGUAGCCAAUACCGCGACCCCAGCGUCCGGAAUGCUCACGAGUAGCGCGAUAUCCAUCGUCACGCCAGCCGUGCAGUUGACGUCGAACGGCGGCGCCGGCUGGGAUGUGCCGGGAGACGUAUUCGCAGCAGCCUCAGCACAGCUUGGCGACGUCAUUACCUCGUCUGCAAAUGCUGUCGCACCUGCAGCAGCCGCUCUCGGGAUUGCUAUGGGCGCACACUCAACAGCGGCAGCGGCGCCGCCGGCACCAGCGCUCGAGUUUUUGCCACUCAUGCUUACAAGCGUAUAUUGCGCCGUCGGCGUCGUCUGGACGUGGGUCAAGCUCUCUGUGCUCUAUUUGCAAAAAGACUUCGGCGAGCGCAUGCCGCAAGCCGCCAAAGUAAAACGAGGGUGA